CUAUUAUACAUUUUACAUUCUUUAAUAUAAAUUAUAGUACUAUUAUGUUUUUACGAUUACAUUUAUAAAGUAUAAUCAAAUUCUAUAAAUUUUUAAGUACUUGCUAUAGUAGUAAACAUUUUUCAUUAAGGACAAAACUGUUGUUUAGAUUUACCAAUUAUGUUUCGGACUACGUUACAGCGUACUGCGCCUAGUAUUCGUUUGGUGGUUACAUCUGGACAAUCUCGUCCAAAUUCGAAUGUCCCACCUUCUAAGCUUGAAGUAUUCAUAGAUGAUAAAAAAGUUCAUGUAGAUCCUGGAACUACAGUAUUACAAGUAAAAUCAAUCUAAUAAACUAUAAGCUAAAUACUUGUAAAAUUGUACAUAAAACAUUUUUUUUUUAGGCUGCUGCCCUCGUCGGUGUAGAAAUUCCUCGCUUCUGUUACCAUGAACGUUUAGCUGUUGCUGGCAAUUGUAGAAUGUGUUUAGUAGAAGUUGAAAGGUCACCUAAAGUAUGGCCAUUUAUUUUAUGUUACCUAUAUUUUGAUUUUUUUUAUGUAAAAAGUAAUCUGUCUAGUAUCUAUAUUUAUUUUAGCCUGUUGCUGCUUGUGCAAUGCCAGUAAUGAAUGGUUGGAAAAUCAAAACAAACUCUGAAUUAACACGUAAAGCUCGUGAAGGUGUUAUGGAAUUCCUGUUGAUGAAUCAUCCUCUUGAUUGUCCCAUUUGUGACCAGGGAGGGGAAUGUGAUUUACAAGACCAAAGUAUGGCGUUUGGUAGUGAUCGAUCUCGUUUUGUUGAUAUUGACUUUAGUGGAAAAAGGUACUAAGUGUUUCUUAGUUUCUAUUUUUAUUUCAUUGUUUAUUAAUUAUAAAAAUUUGUUUAGGGCUGUUGAAGAUAAAGAUAUUGGUCCACUGGUAAAAACUGUAAUGACGCGUUGUAUUCAUUGUACAAGGUGUAUUCGUUUUGCUUCAGAAGUAGCUGGUGUUGAUGAUCUAGGAACAACAGGGCGGGGUUCAGAUAUGCAGGUAUAUUCCAUAAUAUUAUUUUGUAUACAAGGUGAUUUUUUAUUAUGAACCAGCAAUUAUUUCAGAGUUUUUUAAGUUAAUAUCUAAAAUCCUUCCGUACUCUUCUGGUCUAAAUUUUAAACUGUUAUAACUCAUAUACGUUGAAUCAGAUUUAUCGUUAUAAAUCUGAUUAUUGUUUUGCAUGUCAAAAUGUCUAGAAAAAAUAUUCUUUAUUCAAUUCUGUGGUCAAAUGGGGGGGGGGUUCCUAUUUGAAAAUCAAAAUUAUGUACUUAUUUAAGGUAUAUGGUAGGGGUAAAAAAUUUAAAAUAGAGCUUAAACGAUUUCAUAAUGAUUAGAAAAAACAUAAAUCAAAUUCACUUUAAAUCUUUUGAGAUAAUUUCUGAUUUAUGAUCAAAAUCACUCAGUAUAGUAGAGUGAAAUAUGUUGAUAAUUUGUAUUAUUAUUAAAAAAUUUACAAUCGAUAAUUUGUACAAUAAACGUAAUUUUAUUUAUUUAAUAACUAAACGGGUGUUAACCCAAAUACAGUACUUAAUAGAUAAAAAAAACACUAAAAUAAAAGAUGAUGAUAAUAAUAAUAAUAAAACACAAAUUAAAACAAAUGAUAAUAGAAAAAACUAAGUAAUGAGAAUAUGAGCAAAAGUAACAAAGAAAUAUAAUUGAGUUAGAUUAUUAAAAUUUGUUACAUGUAUGAAGAUGUUGAUCCAGUUUUAACAGGGUUAGGUUAGAUUAGAUUAAGUUACUUAAAAACUUAAAAAAGAUAUCUGUACAAAAAGAGAGUUAUUAAGGUGAAUUGACCAACAAUAAAAACUUAAUGUUUAUAAUAAAUUAGUUUAAAGAUGCUAAAAUUAUUGACAUUUAAAUUAUUAUUAAUGCAGAACUUGGAAUAUUUUUAGCUAUACAUUUUCUAUUCAUGUAUAUUUUUCAAACAACAAAUGUUGUUAUAUAGAAAUCAGAAUGUGGUGGUCAGACAUUAUUUAGAAUAAGAUAAUUUAUUUGUUUUUAGCAUUCUAAUGGGAAAUUGAAAUUAUAACUCAGAUAUUAAUGAAAAACCAUCCCUAAGGAUUAUCAAAUUAUUCUUUUAUUCUGUAUGACCUUAAGGUAAAUACAAAUACAUUAUGAAUUAUAGCCAGCUUUUAAAAUUAAAGUGGCAAUAUUAUGAUGUUUUCCUGAAUUGUCGUCAUGUAUCAAUUUCCAUGUAGUUCAGUUAUUGAAUAGCUUUAUCUGAUAAUAUAUACAGUUCUUGAAAUGUGCCACUGAAUUUUUUCUUUUCACAUUUGCUAACAAUGUGAUUUAUUGUAAAUAAAAUGGUCCAUAGUUUCUGACAAAGGUCUGACCCAGGUUGGGUUGUUUUUACAUCUCUCACUAUACCUCGUUAGCUGAGAGAACGCAAUUCCUAUGUCUAAUUUCCACACCACACGGCUAAUGAUAAGUGAAUGUCACUGUGUGGUCGCCUUGCAGCAACGAUGACAGCUUUCGUACUAGAAUAGUGGUGGAGUAUUCUCUCUGGGUGAUUUCACUAUAGAUCUCCAUUUUUCGAUAGGUUACUUUUCCUUUCAUAUUUACAUAUAUCUAGCUAGAAAAGUCAUGAGUUUAUAAAAGUAACUCUUUUCUAGAAAUGAGUGUAGAGAUUUUAGUCCUGGUUUCUCAACUCUGUGUCCAAGGUAGUUCUUUUAAAAGUUUACCUACAAUUUUCAAUACAGCAUUUUGCCUACAUAAUAUAUGGGGAGACUGAAUUGUGGCCAUUACAGGGAGCCAUUGUGCUUAUGUAAGUUUUACAGUACCCAUGAUUAUUCACAAGACAUUCUUAGGCUCAACAUCUACUAGCUUGUGAUGUUUCCUUCCCAUAUAGGUGAACAAUAUUCUGCCAUAGAAUGGGUAAUUUUAUAUGCAUAAAGAUAUUUAUAGCUUGUCCAAAUUUAUAUAAAUAUGUAUUUAAAACUAAACUAUCUUAAUAUUGUUUUCUUGAUAAAUAAGAUAAAAUUAUUAUGAAUUAUGAUUUAUAUUCAAUAUUGUUAUCUAUCAGUGAAUGUCCCUUCUUUUUAAUGUUACAGGUUGGAACGUAUAUUGAGAAAAUGUUCUUGUCUGAACUUAGUGGAAAUGUAAUUGAUUUGUGUCCAGUUGGCGCAUUAACUAGUAAACCAUAUUCAUUUACUGCUCGUCCUUGGGAAACUAGAAAAACCGAUAGUGUAGAUGUUUUGGAUGCAUUGGGAAGCAAUAUUGUUGUCUCUACUAGAGCUGGGGAUGUGAUGAGAAUUUUGCCACGUUUAAAUGAAGUGAUUGUUUAAUUCAAUUUAUGUUUAAUUCACUGACCUAAUUUGUAAAUGUUAUAGGAUAUUAAUGAAGAAUGGUUAUCAGAUAAAUCACGUUUCUCGUAUGAUGGCCUUAAACGUCAAAGAUUAAUUACACCAUUAGUAAAAGACAACAAAGGAAAUUUAGUACCAGUGGAAUGGGAAGAUGCAUUAGUAACAACAUCCAGAGCUCUAAUUAAUGCUAAUGGAAAUGUGAGAAUAAAGUAGACUUAACAAGAUUAUAUAAUAUUUAUUAAUUUUCAAUUUUUUAAGAUUGUGGGUGUGAGUGGUGGCCUAUCAGAUGCUGAAUCAAUGAUAGCAUUAAAAGAUUUACUUAAUAGAUUGGGAAGCGAAGAAUUAUACACAGAGGAACCUUUCCCAAUCAGUGGUUCUGGUACAGAUUUAAGGUCUUCAUACCUCUUAAACAGUAGUAUUGCUGGUAUGCAUCAUUUUAUAAAGUUAAUUUAAAAUAUUCUUAAGGUAUAAUUGAAUUUUACUUUUAGGAUUAGAACAAGCUGACCUCGUGCUUUUGAUUGGAACCAAUCCACGAUAUGAAGCACCUUUGUUAAACACACGUAUUCGUAAAGCAUAUGUGCAUAAUGAUCUUGAAAUAGCAUUGUUAGGUUCUAAAGUAGACCUCUCUUAUGACUAUGAGGCAAGUUUAGUGAAUUUCUAUUGAUUUUAAUUUUAAUUUAGUUUUUAAAAUUAGUAUUUAGGUGAAUCACCAGCAACACUCAAAGAUUUAGCAGAGAAAAGACAUGCUUUCUUCUCUAAACUAUCUAAAGCAAAACGCCCAGUUAUAAUUUUAGGUGCUCAACAAUUUGAACGACAAGAUGGUGCAGUACUUUUGGCCCAGGCACAGCAACUUUCUCAAGAGUUAUCAAAAAAUGUAAUCAGUUAAACAUAAUUAUAUAAAUUUUAUAUUUAAACAAAAUUUGUUUAGGUUGACAAAGGAUGGAAAAUUCUAAAUGUAUUGCAACAAGUUGCUGGCCAGGUAGCUGCAUUAGAUUUGGGUUAUAAACCAAACCUUAGGCUAAGUGCUCCUAAGGUACUUUAUUUAUUAGGAGCUGACAACGAAGCAAUAUUAAAAAAUAAGCCAGCUGGAACCACAGUUAUAUAUCAAGGUAAUCAAUAAGAUUUAUUUUUUGUAAGAUGUCAGUUUUGUUUUUGACAACUAUUAUGGUUAUAUCUAUUUUAACCUUUAGAUGAUUUAAAACUCUGCCUAGUAAUAAAUGUUAAAAAAAAAAACAAUUAUAAAUUUUCUACUGAAUUUUAAGUAUUAAAUAAAUAAAAAAAAUAUCUAUUUUACGUGUUUAAUAACACGUAAAAUUAAAUUAAUUAAAUUAUAUCAAUGCAAAAAAAAAUUAAUCUUAGUUCUUAAUGUAAUGUUUGUAACAUUUGUAUUGAAAGAUAUGUAUUGAUAUUUGAUUUUUCUUCUUUUUUACUGGUAUGAAUACUUCCUAAGUGUUUUUACUGUCAUUAUUAAAUACAUUUCUGUCACCUAUCUCUAUCUUGAACAUCCUUUCUCCAGUUUUCAAUUUCUAGAUUUUCUAAACCUUCUUCUACCACGUCAAGCCAUCUUUUCCGGAGUUUUUCUCUUAGGUGUUCUUUCAUAGUAACUACUCAUUUUAAUUGUCUCAUAUUUACCUCUUUUCAUUAUGUGGCCUAACCAUUAAAUUCUUUAGUUCUAAAUAUAGCUUUUUAUUAGUGCUAAUUCUACCAUAUCAAUCAUUUCAUUAAUAUUUAAUACAUCUAUAUUAUUUUAAAGAGAAUGGUAAAAAAAAAACUGUGUAAAAAAAACUAUCAGGCGUUUACAAGUUUACAGUUGACCAUUUUAUCGUUUAUUACUUAACCAAGUUAACAAUAAACAUUUUUCCAUCAAUGUUCAUUAAAUCAAAUUUCCUGUAAAAAUACUAAAGAAAAUUCUCAAACAUUAUUUUCUUUUUUAGUUUUUAAACAUUAUAUUUUAAUUUUCAUAUUUAGGACAUCACGGAGAUGCUGGAGCAGCUAUUGCAGAUAUUGUACUCCCAGGAGCUGCAUAUACAGAAAAACAAGCAACUUAUGUAAAUACUGAAGGUCGUGCUCAACAAACAUUAAUGGCUGUACAACCUCCUGGAAUGGCACGCUCAGACUGGAAAAUUAUCAGAGCAAUUUCUGAAGUAAGAUGCUGUACUAUUCAUAUUUUUAAAAAUAUUUGGAUUAAAGUAUACAUUAUUUAUUUAUUAGUUUGUGGGUGUAAAACUCCCUUAUGAUACUUUAAAUGAGGUACGUGAUCGCUUAACUGAUGUUUGUCCAAGUAUGACUAGAUAUGGAGAUCUUGAACAAGCAAAUUUUUUGGCUCAAGCAUCGGAUUUGGCUAAAGUAAUUGAAUACUUAUUUUGAUAUUAAUAAACUAUUUUAUUUACAUGAUAAUAUUUUUGUUUAAGGAUUUAUCUUUCAAGUCAGUCAGUACACCUUUAAACGUAAAACAGAUUGCAUUGGAAGAUUUUUAUAUGACUGACUCUAUUAGUAGAUCUUCACCCACUAUGGCUAAAUGCAUACAGGCUGUUAGAAAACAAAAAGAAUCAAAAUAUUACGAAAGUAGAAUUUAAAAAGAAAAUAAUAUGCCUUACAUUAUUAAAUUCCGAAUCUUUUUAUGUAAGCAAAUUAAGAUAAUAAUUUUAGAACUUAGAAUGUUAUCAAUUUUGAAUGUUUAGCCUUGCAAAAUAAACAAAAAAACAAAUGCUGGCAAGUAUAAUUUAUUUUGAAUUGUUUAGAUUGUAUUUAUAUGUGUGUUGAUAAAAUAUUUAAACAUUAGAAUAUAAUAUAAUAAUAACUAUUAAAUAAUAUUAACUAUACAUUUAUCUAAUAACAAUAUAAAUUUUUGAUUAUAGUAAAUUCACAACAAUAAUUAAAUAAGUAAUUAUAUAUAAUAUCAUUAUAUUUGUCUAUUAGUACUCUUAUCGGCUAAAUAUUAUUUAAAUAUCUCUCCAGGCCAUAACAAUCUUUUGAAAUGGAACAAACUGUCCAUUAUUAAUUCCACUGAAAAAAUACCAAACAAUUAAGAAAAUAGUUGUUUAAAUGAAAAUUCUUAAAUCAUACUUACCAUUCAAAAUAUCUAAUCCCAUUUAAUGAUCCAUCACAGUCACCAACCUUAUGAUCAAAUUGCACUCCUAUUAGUGGCUCUGUUAUAGUAGCUACAGGACCAAUGUAUCGAAGUCGACCACCUACUACUUUACCAAAGCUAGUUAUAACUUUGACAUAGGCAUUCAAUUGAAGAUCAUAAAUUGAUUUAGGCAAAUAUGGCUUGCCAUGCACAGACAUUGAACAACAUUCUAAAAAUAUACAUAUUUAUAAUUUUCACUAAUUUUAAAAAUUUUAUGUACCAUUAUGUAAGUUAUUAUAAGUGCGAUUUUUAAUAUGAAAUACACACUAAAUAAAUUUUUUUUUUUUAACUAUUAUUAUUUCUAAGAUGAAUAAUAUAUAUUAAAAUAAAUAAUUUUCUUCAAUUUUAAAGUAAGUAGUAUUGCCAUAGUAUUAUACAAAUAAUAUAAUUUAAUAAAUAGUUGCACUAUUUAGAAUUCCAAUUGAUGUGUAUACUAAUAAAUUGUAAAAUAAUAUAAUAUAUUAUACUUUAAUAAGAUCAUAAAGUCUAGACUAUUAUUAUAGUGCUUAAAGGGAUAUUUAGUACCUUAGUGGUGAACCAGGAUUUGAACCAUAAAUUAAGAUUUAUAAUUACUCUAAAAUAUGGGAAAAAAAAAAUUAAAAAUUACACACAAUAAAAUAAAUGAUAAUAUAUUCUGUAACAGAAAUGGUUAAAUUGGUUAAAUAGAUACGAAAGGUAUAACAAAGCUAAACAUUUACCAAAAAUUAUUAUAAAGAAUAAAAUUAUCAUCUAACCUAUAUUAUUGUGAUACGGUUCUGAAUAACGUCUGUGCUUUUUACAUUCUUUAAUAUCCGCAGAACAUCCAGCAAUUAGACAAUCAAUUGCAUUACGUACAAUACAUUCAGAUUCUUCAAUAAGUGAAUCAGUAGAGUCGCCUUCUGAUUUCCUUAAAUCUGGCAUCGAUAAACGUACUUUUCCUGAUUCUAAAUAAUUACUUAUUAGAAAUUUUUAUCAAACUUGUCUAAAUGGUAAUCUGACCUUUAAAGGAUACUCUGUUUUUGAUUUUUUUUGGCACCUCCUCUUCCGCCUUUAAUGUAGCAGUAGACGAGUAUUUGACAUCUUGUAAUGAUACACAUGGUUCACAUGGAACGCUAGCUGAUCGACGGCAUUUAGUUGGUGAAGAUGGUACUGAUGACCAUGGUGCAUUGUGACGUGCUUCCAAUGACAUUACUGAUGGUCUUACUUGACAUCGGUAACAUGAUGAAUGAACUGAAAAUACUGAACCAAAAUCAUACCUUGAAGAUGAUGAACCAACAGAAUAAUAACCAGGACUCCUUGGAAAUCUAUACAAAAAAUUAAACAUACUAGAAUAUACAAAUUAUCAGCUAAUAUCUGUCAUAAAUAACUGUCUAGUUAUACUUAGAUCUGGAUGGUUCACGACUAAGAGGUCCUGGUUGCCGACAUAAAUGAUCAACACUUCUUGACAAUUCUGGCACCAUACUUGUAAAAUUAAUAUCUGACAACAUGACCCUUCUUGAUUCUGUAGUUUUUUUGGAUACACGCAAACAUUGUUUUCUAGUAUUCUUAUCAACUGGCACAAUAAAUUUUGAUGGUAGAGUUGUGUUCAGUGAUGUAGUUUUGGCUUGGUUUAUUAAAAAACCUUCAGAACGCCAUUGUAAAGGUAAAGCUGUGAUAUCUGUCUGUGCCUCAACUUCUUGUGUAUUUAGUGUAAUAUCUUUUAAAAUAGGCCGCAAAGGACUAAGAUAUUUUGAAUUUGGCAUAUCCUUGGAAUUGGCACCACACUUUGAUAUAUCUGUCUCCAACACCUUGUCUAUAGAAACAAGAUCUUCAUUUGGCGAAACAUUUGUAGUAUCGUCUGUUGUAAAUAUUAACUCUAUCUCAUCUGUUUCUUCAGAAUUCUGACACACAAUCUAUAAAAUAUUAUAGGUACACACAAUUUAAAUAAAAUAAUUGUAACAAUAUAAUUUAAGUAUUAUAAAACAAAU